CCUCCAUCUGUACAACCAAAGAAAAAUAACAGGCACAGACCGACCUGCAACUUUGCCGACAUAGCUGCAGUACAAGAAGUGACCCGUUUCCGCACCCGCCGAGCCAUCGCCGGCGAGCUGCCCAUUGCUUCAUUGCAUUCACAAGGUACGUAGACAUCUUCUUCCUUUCUCUCACAAUUCCACCUUCCCUUCCUUCUAUCACCACCUUUCCUCUCACCCCAAUCGAGUCGCCUGGACUGUCACUACUCGGUCCCAUUUUCACUGCCCCACCUACACUGCACCUCUCAGAUCAAAACAUUCAUCUUCACUCUGUCUUUCACCCCUCAUUCUCUCUUCCCACGCCUUCCUCCCUUCCCUCACAUCCAUCAACACUACCGACACAGCGACUCCAUCAUCCUGGCCUUCAGUUAACCUGCUAGUUGAGCUAUAGCCACAUCGAGUCGCGCAGCAAUAACCGCUUCGUUCUGCCAACACUGUAACAAUCACAACCGCAAAUCACGCAGCAUCACAAGAGUCCUUGUUGAUCAAAGCCAAGAAUCAAAUCAACAAUGGCUCAGCGUCCCAAUACACACCUGCCCGCGGUGCGUUUGGAGACUGAGAAGAAUCUGGGCAUCACCCAUCGUUCUGCCGCCCUGAACUUUGCCUGGACUGGCGAUAUCCGCAAGCGAUAUACCGAUUUCCUUGUGUAUGAGAUCAACAUAGAUGGUUCUGUCAUCCACCUUUACGACUUCAUUGAAGACAAGCCGGCUCACUCCCCAACUGAGAGUCAGUUUCAGAACAAGUCGACUGCUCUUGUUCCCGCUUCGACUGGGCCUCGCAAGCAGGAAAACAAAGCCCCUAUUGUAGUCCAAGAGAUUUCCAAGGAGGACCAGGAGAAGCUCAUCAAGUUGAUCGGCGCGUCGACAGCCAAGAAGCUCAUCGAGGUCGACAACAAUGUGCAACGCAAAGUGCUCAUGAGCGCCGAAAACCGCACUGUCGUCUUCGACCCGAUUGACGAUCGCUCUCAACGUGCCGAAGUCCAUCAGGAGAUUCGUCGCAUCUUCAACAGCCGUGUGGAGACUGUUGCCAACUCUGAAGGCAUCAUCACUGCGACCCCCUCCAAGUGGGCUGUCACGCGUGGCAGCAGUAACAACCGCACUCCUAGCCAGACAUUUGGUUCCCGUCGCGACAAUACUAGAGGUCAAGAUCGCAACGUCAGCUUCGCCAAGCUGGGUGGUGAAUAUCUCCACUUCACCAUGUACAAGGAGAACAAGGAUACGAUGGACGCAAUCAACACAAUCGCCCGUCUCUUGAAGAUCAAGGCCACAAAUUUUGGCUUUGCCGGCACCAAAGAUCGCCGUGCCGCGACUGUUCAGCGGAUCAGUGUCCGCUACCAGAGGGCCUCGAACCUCACUUGGUUGAACACCCGUAUCCCCAACGUCAAGGUUGGUGAUUUUGUGCACAAGGAGCAGCCACUCUCUCUUGGUCAACACGGUGGCAAUGAGUUCAUCAUCACUCUCAAGAACUGCUCCCCUCUCGGUGGCAGUGAAUGCUCUGUUGCUCAGCGCAUGAAGAUGAUUCAACAGACGGUUGAGUGCGGCCUUGCCUAUCUUAAGCAUAACGGAUACAUCAACUACUUUGGUCUUCAGCGCUUCGGCACCCACACCAUCGGGACCCACCUUCUUGGCAUGAAGAUUCUGCAAGGCGAUUUCGAAGGCGUCAUCGACGCCAUUCUUCAUGUCGAUGAUCACUACAUUCAGGAGGCCUUCAAUAACGUUGGUUCAUCUCACGGGACCAAGCGUGAUUUUGAUCACAGCCACGGCAAUGGCAACAACGCCAGCACUGCCAACCGCGAUGACUACGAUCGUGCCCGCGCCAUCACCAUCUGGAAGACUUCCAAGAAUGCAAGCAAGGCUGUGGAGGGCCUACCCAAGAGAUUCAGCUCUGAAAUCGCUCUCAUCCGCCACCUUGGCAAGAACCCAAAGGACUUUACGGGUGCAAUUCUGAGCAUCACGCGUAGUAUGCGAAUGAUGUAUAUUCACGCCUUCCAGUCCUACGUCUGGAACCACGCUGCAUCCCGUCGUUGGUCCAAGUAUGGCGCUCGUGUCAUUGAAGGCGACAUUGUCUUGAACGAGGAUGUUGAGGAUGCCAUCACUCGUCCCAGCGAGGAUGAUGAGUUCGACACUUACGACGACAAUGAGGUCGCUCAUGUCUUCCCCCAAGCUCACGUGGUUACUGCCGAGGACCUGGCUGCUGAGAAGUACACCAUCUUCGAUGUCGUUCUCCCCACUCCCGGCUAUGAUGUCGUUUAUCCCCAGAAUGAGAUUGGCGAGUUCUACGUCGAGUUCAUGGGCAAGGAGGAAAAUGGCGGUCUGAAUCCUUACGACAUGCGUCGCAAGAAUCGGGAGUUCUCUCUCAGCGGCAGCUACCGCGCUCUCAUGGGUCGCUUCAUUACUGAGCCCCAAUACGCCAUUCGGGCUUAUGUCGAUGACACUGAGCAAAUGUACCCCACUGACUUGGAUUUUGCUACUCACAAGAAGGCCCAGCAGAAGAAGUCUCUGGCCCAGCCCAAGCCAGCCAGCCAGGCUGCCAACUCUUGGAAUGCCUUUGCCGCCAAUCCUGCGGCAUUUGAUGAUGCUUUGGCUGAGUUUCAGCGCCGGCGCAAGGCUAGCGAAGGGCCUGCUUCUGAAGUCAAGACAGUCAUCAAGGAGACUUGGGUCGAAACUGGUGUCAACGGCUCCGCUAAGCGCGUCAAGGUUGCCCGCCAUCAGCAAGAGAUUGAGUCACCGCCCGAGACCCCUCAGGCCGACGCUUUGACCAGGCGUUCUUCUGAUCCCGAGCUUCAGGCUCACAUGAAAGCCGCGCUGUUCCCUGGGAACACGGAGGCUCCGGCUGUCGUCCCCCAAGAGGAUCUCGAAAUGGUCGACACCCCUUGCGCCCCUACCCCUGCCAGGGGCCCUGCUUUCCUCUUGAAGUCGCCCCCUGUCGGCAAGGGUGUUUCCCUUCUUGACGCGUACUCUCCCAUCGCUGAGCCUGCCGCUCCUCUCCAGCAGAAUCCUGGUAAUUUGUCUGGGGAUGGCGGUCUUGUCGUCCCGAAGGGUCCCAAUACCUCUGGCGCCCGAGGUCUUUCUGACGCGUUCUACGCCGCUGGCGGGGACGACCCUUUUGUUGGCCAAACUUCGCCUCCUACGACCAUUGUGAAGAAAGAAGAGAGCGACUCGGUUGCCAAGUCAGAAUCCGACGAAUGGUACGGGAAGAAGGAAUUGGCUGGUCUUCUCGGCGGCCCGACUGCUCUCGUCAAGACUGAGCAGGAAGACGACGCCGCGCCCUCUACCUCCCAGGCGCUCGUCAAGGUUGAGGACGACUGCAAGUCGGAUUCCAGUGUCGAAGAGUUGAUCAAUGGUGUCCCCUUGCCCAAAUUCUACACGGCGUCCAACAACCCGUUGUUGCCUCCCAAGAACAUUGUCGACGUCGACACUCUCGACCCCAGGGCGCGCAAGAUUGCUGUCAUUCUCAAAUUUCAGCUUAAGACUAGCAACUAUGCCACUGUUGUGCUCCGUGAGCUCAUGGGUACUACUGUCGAGUAGUGUGCCCACUUUUCAACACCAACCCUACAGGUGGCUUUGCCUGAUCAACCGAAGCUAUCCACAACAGGACGAGAUUAUACUGAAAUUUCUUGUCCCUCUGUUUUCUGAUCGCAUUUGAGGCGAUGUCAUCGCGUCUCAGCAACAUCUGGUGGAGCACAUGGGCUCCUGAUUGCCACGAUGGUUCAUUUUGCCGUAUACACAUUCACGGAUACGCGGCCGCUUUUCAUGGCUCGAUCCUACAAGCAUAACUAUUCACUUUCUUCGACUCAAGCAUAACUACAUCAACUGUCUUCGACCUGUACACUAUUCGCUGCACGACUACUGCCGUACCAAGCACACCGACUCGAUUUUCUUGCAAGCAUUUCAGCAAGCGUUGCCAUUAAGUUAGCGACCUCGAGACAUUGCAAGCCAUGUUCAAAGCCAAGGACUUUUUUGUUCAUUCUCGCGUCGGAAGCUCCCAUUCAAUUGGGGACAUCUCAGAAAGCCGCUCUCACUGAGUUGGGGGGGCACACUCUUAGAGGGAAGCUCCCAUUAAGUUGGGGACAUUACCGAAACAAAAUCUUUGGCACGACGGGAGGUUCUCAUCGAGUUGGGGACGUUACCGAGUUUUGAGGCAUUGGGUGUUCUUUUCCUCUUCAUUGGUCGUCAUUGUCUUUUUUUUUGUUCUUUCCUUCGGGGUGGGUUUGCUUUGCGUGGAGUUCCGGUUCGGCAUACAUGAAAAUGGUGUUUGGGAUUUAUAGACGGAUGGAUGGGACAAGGGCAAAAGUUUGGGAUGGUUGUUUUCUUCAUUCUCUUUCUCUCUCAUUUCUUUUCUUCUUUUGGUCGUCAAGAUUUGAUUGAUUAUAAGAGAUACCCACUUUUGCGAUUUUGAGGAGAGGAGAAAAGGAAGAUAUCCCCUGUGAGGAAGGGAAGAAAAUAGGUGCUGGGAUUUGUAGGGAGAGAAGAUUGGUGGGAUUAUGGCGAGCAUUCCGAGACAUCACAACACAAGGACAACACUAGGUUUUCGGUUUUCAGUUUUCUAUUUCCCUCAAGAAAAGAGGGAAGGGUAGUAGAUGAUGGACUUUGUUAGCUAGUGUGUGAUGGCUAGGGGUAAUAAGGAGAAGUCUACUGCUAUAUUCUUUUGUUUUGUUUUGGUGAUGUGAGUAUGUAUGUUACAAGCAGUUGAAGCAUGGUCCUCACUGAAGUGAUAACUACACCUAGAUCCAAUCUUGAAACCGCCUUGUAAUUUG